ACCAUCUAUCCCAAACCUACACUGCAAUCCUCUCUCUCUCUCUCACACACACACACACACAUUACACACUCAUGUCGGAGCCCAAGUGCCGACCGGUGGGACUGACCGAGUACAGUUGGUGCAAAGCCGUCCCUGGCGGCACUGGCAUAACUGUCUUCGCCCUCCUCAUCUCGAAACCAAUUGAUUUAUCACUCCUACAAAACGCCAUUCACCAACUCCAGAAGUCCCACCCAAUCCUCAACUCCAAACUCUGCCACAACACCACUACCAACUCAUUCUCCUACACCACACCCUCCACACCUCACCUCCAGAUCCAACUCUUUGAUCUUCAAUCAACAUCUGACAUCCUACAAGGACUAACCAAUCCUAACAACCCCUCCAUGUCUCACUUCCACCUUAUUCUUGAGCGUGAAAUUAAUACAAACACCUGGUGUGCUAACAACGAUUCAUUGAACUCUGAAAUUGACGUGUUCUUUGUGAGUGUGUACACUCUAAGUGAUGACAGAUGGGCUGUGAUGCUCCGGCUUCACACGUCGGCGUGUGACCGGACCUCGGCAGUUUCAUUGCAGAGGGAGUUGUUGGGUCUGAUAGGUGAGGGAAAGAAGGAAGAGUUGGAGUUACAGAGGGAAGUAGAGGAGGAAAUGGAGGUUGGUUUGGGAAUUGAGGAUUAUAUUCCCCCUGGGAAAGCUAAUAAACCAUUUUGGGCUCGCGGAGUGGACAUGCUUGGGUACUCUUUGAAUUCCUUGAGGUUGGCAAACUUGAAUUUCAAGGGCAUUGACUCGCCUAGAUCAUCACAAGUAGUGAAGCUACAGCUGAAUUCGGAUGAUACUGAUCGAAUUCUUUUGGGCUGCAAAUCAAGGGGGAUCAAGUUAUGCGGGCUCUUGGCAGCUGCCGGAUUGAUUGCAGCUCAUUCCAGUAAUUGUCUUCCUGACCAAUGGCAGAAGUAUGCAGUCGUAACACUCACUGAUUGUCGUUCCAUGCUUCAUCCUGUUCUUAGUUGCCGCAAUUUUGGGUUUUACCAUUCUGCUAUCGUGAAUACACAUGACAUAAAAGAAGGGGAAAACCUUUGGGAGCUGGCAAAGAGAACCUACAUGUCAUUUGCAAAUGCUAAAAAUAAUCAGAAGCAUUUCUGGGACAUGAAUGACCUUAACUUUCUCAUGGUCAAGGCCAUUGAUAACCCUGGAUUAACACGGUCGUCAUCAUUAAGAACUUCACUCAUAUCGGUGUUUGAAGACCCAGUGAUUGACCAUUCCGAUGAAUUGCAUCAAGAGAUUGGAUUGGAGGACUACAUAGGGUGUGCUUCUGUUCAUAGUGUAGGCCCAUCAAUCGCAAUAUUUGACACGAUACGAGAUGGGGAAUUAGAUUGUGCAUGUGUAUAUCCAUCACCACUACAUUCGAGGGAACAGAUGCUAGAGCUGAUUGAUGACAUGAAGAGAAUUCUUGUAAAUGGCAGUAACCAUGUGGAGAGUGACAGCUAGUUUUUCUUAAUGAGAUUCUAGUGAUGGCACUGUAGAUUUGUGGGUUGGUUUCAACAUCUGUUUUAACCAAGAGUAAUGUAAUUUCUCUCUCUAUAUAUACAUGAUCAAUUUGUUCCUAACUGAUCAAAAUCUGCA